CAGUCUGUAAUCAUGAUAGCUUCUUUGUUUGUCUUUGUUGACUUGUUUGUCUUUUUUUUUCUUCCGUGACCAUGAAGUUGUGAGCUUUGAAAUCAGGAUGACGAAGCUCACUAUUCUGGCAGGCUUGUGCUUGGUGACGUGCCAGCUCGCAACUGCCUCUCAGAUGGUGUGCUACUUCACCAACUGGGCCCAGUACAGACCUGGAACUGAGAAAUUCAUGCCCCAAAAUGUGGACCCCUUCUUGUGCACCCAUCUGAUUUAUGCUUUCUCCAUCAUCAACAACAAGAACAAGUUGGUUACCUAUGAAUGGAAUGACAAGACCUUGUACACAACCUUCAAUGGCCUGAAAAGCAAGAACCCUGGUCUGAAGACCUUACUGGCUGUUGGUGGAUGGAACUUUGGCUCAGCACAGUUCUCCAUCAUGGUGUCCUCGCCAGUCAACCGUCAGACAUUCAUCCAGUCUUCCAUCAGAUUCCUGAGGACUCAUGGAUUUGAUGGUCUGGACCUGGACUGGGAGUACCCCGGAUCUCAUGGAAGUCCUCCAGAGGAUAAACAGAGGUUCACUCUGCUCUGUAGGGAACUUGUUGAAGCUUAUGCAGCUGAGGCCAAGGCCACAGGCAAGCCUCACCUUAUGCUGACUGCUGCAGUGUCUGCUGGAAAGGGAACCAUAGAUGCUGGAUAUGAGAUUGCUGAGAUUGCCAAGCAUCUGGACUUCAUCAAUGUGAUGACCUAUGACUUCCACGGAGCUUGGGAGAGAUUCACUGGACACAACAGUCCACUGUACCGUGGCUCACAUGACAGUGGUGACCUCAUCCACUUCAACACUGACUUUGCCAUGAAAUACUGGAGGGACAACGGCACACCAGUGGAGAAGCUGAGGAUGGGAUUUGCAGCUUAUGGCCGUACCUUCCAUCUGACAUAAUCAAACACUGGCGUUGGCGGCCCAGCUAGCGGUGCUGCAUCAGCUGGUCCAUACACACGAGAGGCUGGCUUUUGGUCCUACUAUGAGAUCUGCACAUUCCUGCGGGGUACCACCAUUCAGUGGAUUGAUGACCAAAAAGUGCCCUACGCCAGUAAGAACAAUGAGUGGGUGGGAUUUGACAACAAAGAGAGUUAUGAGAUCAAGGUCCAGUACAUGAAGGACAUGAAGUAUGGUGGUGCCUUUGUGUGGGCCUUGGAUCUGGAUGACUUUAAAGGAGAUUUCUGUGGAGAAGGAAGCCAUCCUCUACUGUCCCAUCUGCGCAAACUGAUCAACACUGAGAUUCCACCACUUCCAUCAACCACAACUAAGAAACCUGGUGUUUCUACCACAGCACCAGUCACUACCACAACCACCAAAACUAUCCCUAUCCCAGGACAUGGCUUCUGCAAAGACAAGCUCGACGGCAUAUACACCAACCUGGAUAACAAAACCACCUUUUACACAUGCGCAGGUGGACGAACCUAUCUGAUGAUGUGUGCAGCCGACACUGUCUUCAAGGACAGCUGCAAGUGCUGCGCAUGGCCUGAUGUGUAAACUAAUAUCACUGUA